UGUUUACGUACCGCCCGUGAACGAAUCAGCGCUAGCCUUCUGUACACGCACAGUGCCGCAGUGACGGGCAGCAAAUGUGGAUUAUUUAGAGCCGAAGAGACGCUCGUGUUUUCCUGUUGUUUUCUGUAAUAAUUUUUAUACCAUCGGGAUAUGUUUUAAGCAUAUUUAAUGCGUGGUACGAUUUGAUAUCGUACUGGCAAACGCUACAAGAAAGUGACGCGCCAUAAGAUGGAGGAGAUGGAGAGCAGUCCUCCGGGCCGGGUGACAGUGUACUCUAUCGUGGGCUGUCCUCACUGUGUGCAGGCCAAAGCCACCCUAGGGCGACUGGGUGUUCCAGUGUGUGAUGUAGAUGUGGGGAAACAUCCAGAGCUCAGGGCCAGGGUGAAGGAACUGACCGGACGCUCCACUGUCCCCCAGAUAUUUUUCAACAGUGUCCAUAUCGGGGGGAACGAUGAUCUGCAGAAAAUUAAUCCCACAGAACUGGAGAGGUUGGUUCAAUUAGUUAUGAACGAGCCAGUUUCCAUAGAUGCUCCACCUUUACCUAUGGAGAGUCCUACUGAAGAUACUGCUGCAGAGUCUGAUGGAGACUUUAUGUGUGAGAGAGAUGAGUUGGCAAACCUGGUUGAGGACUUCAAACAUGGCAGUGUGAUCGGGAAUCACAGGAGGGGGCUGACUGUGCACAAAAAGAGCUUCUCAGGUGAUCAGCUGCUUAAUUGGCUGCACAAGGAAAAGGGCAUGGCUGGAGAAGAGGCAUAUAACACUGGGCAGGCUUUGUUGGAGAAGAAGUACAUGGUGAGUGUGUGUUGCUCUGGAAAACAAGAGGACAGUUUUGGAGGGACUCUGUUUAGGUUACUGGAGGACGACCCCCAUUCUGCCCUCAACGCAGGACAAACCGCAGCCUGCAGUCCUAUCCAGGCUGCUGAGCUUUCCCUGAUUUUACGGGAUCUGAUCCUGAAGUUGUUCUCUCAACAUCUCUCUGCUGAUGGCAAGUUUGUGGACUACAAAGGCAUGUCGGCUAACCCUGCAUUUGAGCGAUACUGUGAUCUGGCCAUUCAGCUGCAGAGAGUAGAGCUGCUGUCUCUGAGCCGAGAGGAGAAGCUGGCCUUCUUCAUCAACAUCUACAACGCACUGGUCAUCCACGGCUUUCUGCGCCUGGGAGCACCCACCAACAUGUGGCAGAGAUACAAGUUCUUCAACUAUGUGAGCUACUUGAUUGGAGGUGAGGUAUUCACGCUUCAGGACAUUGAAAAUGGGGUUUUGAGGGGGAACAGGAAGGGUAUCGCACAACUACGGAGACCCUUCUCCAAAACAGACCCACGACUUCAGAUGGCACUACCAGAGGUCGAGCCUCUCAUUCAUUUUGCCUUGAAUUGUGGCGCAAAGGGCUGUCCACCAAUUAAAACAUACACCCCACAGGACAUUGACAGCCAGCUCAGGACCGCUGCAGAAGCCUUCUUAGAGAACGAUGAUGCCUGUGUGGUGGAUUCUGGGAAGAAAGAAGUUCGACUCAGUCAGAUUUUUAAAUGGUACAAGGCCGACUUUGGAGGCACAGAUGAGAAGCUGCUGAACUGGGUGCUGGAGCACAUGGCCGACUCUCCGAAGAAGUCCAGCCUGCAGGACAUCCUGUCCGUGGGGAAGACCAAAGUGAGCUACCUCCCCUACGACUGGACCAGCAACAGCAGCCACUGAGCACGCUCACACACAGCCAGCUUUGCACACCGCCCUUUGUCCUAGCCUCACUGUUGAGUCUACUCACUUCAGAUUAAAUCAAAUGGUUCCCUACCAUGAAAAUAUGUAUGCAAUAAUAUCACUGUCCAGUGCACUGUAGUCAUGUUUGUUUUGUUUGAGACUCAUUAUCUGUGUAUUUCUGUUUCAACAUGAAAAGUGUUAUCAUUUACAAAGAGCAAGCAACUCAGGAGUCUUAAAGGCUAUUCAUUGUACAUUUGGGGCAUUACUGAUCAUUUUAGACAUGCAGUUUAGGCAGUCAUUUGACCUCUAGCAUGCUGCCUUUGCCUUAUGAAGCCAUUUUACAGCCAGUGAAAUAACAGCUACACUUCUGACAAUGCAGUCAUAACAUUAAAUGCAAUCUACACAUUAA